UCAGGUGACGGGUUUGUAAUUUUAAAAUUUUAAAUCAUAAGUGAAUGCUGACUAGAUAUUUUAAAUUUUUAAAUAACUUUGACUUUAAUUUAAUUUAGUAGUCGAAAUAUUGAUUGGAUCCACGUGCGUUCUUUUAAAUUUUAUAUUUAAUAAUGUUGUCACUGUGGAGAUCAUGCUGUAUUCAAAUCCAGCAGAGAUGGGUGUUUGCUAUCAUGGGAUUCCUGGCUAUUUUCAAUGCCUACACCAUGCGGGUUUGCUUGUCAAUAACAAUAACCGAGAUGGUAGUAUCGGAGAGUAAAAACGAGUCGACAGUUACUGAUGAAAAUACUUGUAAAAGUGAAAUCCAUUAUCUGGACCCACCAGUAAACUCAACCAGUGGUACCUACCACUGGGAUGAAUCGCUCCAGGGUAUUAUCUUGUCGUCAUUUUACUGGGGUUACGUGCUGACUCAUAUUCCUGGUGGUUUGUUGGCUGAAAAAUUCGGCGGAAAGUAUUCACUAGGCCUUGGAAUAUUGUCUACUGCAAUAUUUACACUCUUGACACCGCUGGCAGUUGAUCUAGGUGGAGCGACAGCGCUCAUUGUCCUGCGAGUUCUUAUGGGUUUUGGUGAAGGCACGACGUUUCCUGCAUUGAAUGCUAUGCUAGCUCAGUGGACACCUCCCGAAGAACGCUCGAAAAUAGGAUCUCUGGUGUUUGCUGGUGCAUUAUUGGGAACUGUCUUCACCACUUCAAUAUCUGGUGUGAUAAUGCAUUACUCGACAGCCGGAUGGCCCGCAGUCUUUUACGUAUUUGGUAGUGUUGGUGUUGUUUGGUUCUUUGUGUGGAUUAUUGUGUGUUACAACAAUCCCAGCGAGCAUCCCUUUAUAUCAGAACGUGAAUUGAAAUUUCUUCAUGAGCGAAUGAGCGCACAUACACACAAAAAACCUCCAGCGGUAUCCUGGCGUCACAUGUUCACCUCCGCACCAGUGUGGGCAUUGAUAACAGCACAGAUUGGUCAUGAUUGGGGCUUCUUUACGAUGGUCACUGAUUUGCCAAAAUACAUGAGCAGUGUUCUGAAAUUUUCCAUAAAGAGUAACGGCUACUUAUCAUCAUUGCCCUACUUGAGUAUGUGGAUCUGCAGUAUUCUGAGUUCUUGGUUUGCUGAUUGGAUCAUCACUGCUGGGCACUUAUCCCGCACUAAUGUACGUAAAAUAGGAACGACAAUAGCUUCGGUAGGACCUGGUGUUUUUAUAGUAGCAGCUUCUUACGCAGGCUGCGACAAUUACACUGUCGUCGCGAUGUUCACCAUCGGCAUGACACUCAUGGGAACUUUCUAUCCCGGGAUGAAAGUAAAUGCACUUGAUCUGAGUCCAAAUUACUCUGGUACUCUAAUGGCUGUGGUAAAUGGGGUCGGGGCAUUCACCGGGAUCAUUACUCCAAUCGUAGUGGGUGAACUAACACCCGACAAUACAAACGCCCAGUGGCGACUAGUCUUCUGGAUUGUUUUUAUUGUUCUUAUAAUAACGAAUCUUGUAUUUAUUUUGUACGCAAGCGGCGAAGUUCAGCAUUGGAACAACCCGGAAUUCGUGCAGGCAGAUCGCGCCAAAAGGCGGAAAAAACAACAAGGGCAAAUAGAUUCAAGAUUGCCAUGAUAAUUUAUAUGUAAUACCGUUACCUUAUUAAUUAAUUAACUAAUUAUUAAUAUUAUUGUUAUUGAAUGUGACUGCACCUGGAGGAUCAAUUUAUUAUAAUAAUUAUAAAUAUUAUUAACAUAUUUAUUGAUCAAUCCUGUGGGCUAAGA